CUAGUGCGCUUCCUGGUGGGGUUCCUAUUCCGACUCAACCCCCUUACCAUGGUUCAUGAAUUUCGCUCUGUCCGCCCUGGACAAUCACAUAUGGUUUUCUGGUCUGUUGAGUCUUCAUCGGUUCCAUGGAAUACAAAAUGGAAAAAUGAUUGAUGAUACAUAUAUUUGUUAAGUUGGGUAAAAUUUUCACUCAUGAAUGUGCAGUGCCGGAUAUAUUUUGUUAGCAAUUCGAUAUAUUUCAAUUGGUAAAUAAGCAGGGGAUGCUGAUUAACACGUGAUUCACUUCCUUUCAUAACACAAAGCCUUAGGGUCCCAUAUCCCAUGAAGGAGUGGAACUUAUCUGUCACUGUCAGAUGCAUGUCGCCAUCAAUAUGCAUAUGUAUAGUAUGUAUAUGUGCCCUAGGGUUUCUACCCUCUUUUGAGCUAGCUAGCAAGCCUGCCUGCCUGCCUCUAUUUAUUCCCAUCAACCACCAAUCGAUCGAUCGUAUGGUAUAUAUGUUUAUAUCAUAUGGUGGUGUCUCAUUUGAAUCAAUAAGAACCCACCCUGCAGGUAUUCUUCAUUUUAAAUUUCUGAAUGAGGGAAAUGAGUAGGUUUGUAUGGCUGAGCCAGAUCUUGGUAAUUGGAUUUUGGUCACUGAUCAUGAUGAGAUCUGCAUCUGCUUAUGGGUAUGGGUAUGGGUAUUAUGGAAGAUGGAUUAAUGCCCACGCCACAUUCUACGGCGGCGGUGAUGCCUCUGGAACAAUGGGUGGAGCUUGCGGGUAUGGAAACUUGUACAGUCAGGGUUACGGGACGGCGACGGCGGCGCUGAGCACGGCUCUCUUCAACAACGGGCUGAGCUGCGGCGCGUGCUUCCAGCUGAUCUGCGCGCACGAUCCCCAGUGGUGCCUGCGCGGCGCCAUCACCGUCACCGCCACCAAUUUCUGCCCGCCGGGGGGGUGGUGCGACCCUCCCCACCACCACUUCGACCUCUCUCAGCCGGCCUUCCUACGCAUCGCCCAAUACCGCGCCGGCAUCGUCCCCGUCCUCUACCGGAGAGUGCCGUGCCGGAAAAGGGGAGGAAUCAGGUUCACGAUCAACGGACACUCGUACUUCAACCUGGUCCUGGUGACAAACGUCGGCGGCGCCGGCGACGUGCACUCCGUGUACAUUAAAGGGUCGAGGACAGCGUGGCAGCCAAUGUCGAGAAACUGGGGGCAGAAUUGGCAGAGUAAUUCUUACCUGAAUGGGCAGAGCUUGUCCUUCAGGGUCGUCACCAGCGACGGCCGGAGUUUGGUCUCCUACAACGUAGCGCCGCCGGGGUGGUCUUUCGGUCAGACAUAUUCCGGCCGCCAAUUCCGCUAGAUUAAUCAUGGCCCCACCAAACUAUAUAUACACAUAUCCCAAUUGUGAUUUCAUUAAUUAAUUAAUUAUUAUUAUUAUUAUAAAUUAUACGCUUCACAUCUCAGUGAUGCUACUACUGCUACACAGCUACAGUAUGAUUUCUCAAUGUCCAUUUUCAGGGACGACAUUAAUUAAUUUUCACAAAAUAUAUGCAUCUAUGUAUAUAUCAAAAUAUAUAUCGUAAUCCCACACGGAAGAGCAUUGACUAAUA